AGUGCAAAGCACAAAGCGCGCACACACACACACCUCGCCGAUUGCUCACGAAACCGAUCAUUUCCAAGCCUCUGAUCCGUCGCAAAAUCCCAAUCCUUGAGCUCGAUCGUCAGCUUUGUGCGCGGUGAUGAGGACGUGGCGGCUCGCCGUGCUGGCGUGCCUGUGCGCCGCCGCGGCGGCGGCGCCGGCGGAGGCGAAGACGCACCACCACACGUGGAACAUCACGUACCAGUACAAGUCGCCGGACUGCUUCAGGAAGCUCGCCGUGACCAUCAACGGCGAGUCCCCCGGGCCGACCAUCCGCGCCGCCCAGGGCGACACCCUCGUCGUCACCGUCCACAACAUGCUCGACACCGAGAACACCGCCAUCCACUGGCACGGCAUCCGCCAGAUUGGCAGCCCGUGGGCUGACGGCACCGCCGGCGUCACGCAGUGCCCCAUCCUCCCCGGCGAGACCUUCACCUACAGAUUCGUCGUUGACAGGCCUGGAACGUACAUGUACCACGCGCACUACGGCAUGCAGCGCGUGGCGGGGCUGGACGGCAUGCUCGUCGUGUCGGUGCCCGACGGCGUCGCCGAGCCCUUCGCCUACGACGGCGAGCACACCGUCCUCCUCAUGGACUGGUGGCACCAGAGCGUGUACGAGCAAGCCGUCGGCCUCGCCUCCGUCCCCAUGGUGUUCGUCGGCGAGCCCCAGUCGCUUCUGAUCAACGGCAGAGGCGUGUUCAACUGCUCGCCGCCGGCGGCCAGCAAUGGCGGUGGCGCGGCGUGCAAUGCGUUUGGCGGCGAGUGCGGGUGGCCGACGCUGUUCACCGCCUCGCCGGGGAAGACGUACCGCCUCCGCAUCGGCAGCCUGACGUCGCUGGCGUCGCUGAGCUUCGAGAUCGAGGGGCACACGAUGACGGUGGUGGAGGCCGACGGGUACUACGUCACGCCGGUGGUGGUCAAGAACCUCUUCAUCUACUCCGGCGAGACCUACUCCGUGCUCGUCACCGCCGACCAGGACCCGUCCCGGAGCUACUGGGCGGCGUCGCACGUCGUCAGCCGCGACCCCACCAAGACGGCGCCGGGCAGGGCCGUCGUCAGGUACGCCUCCGCCGCCGUGGAUCACCCGCGCACGCCGCCGCCGACCGGGCCACGGUGGAACGACACGGCGAGCAGGGUGGCGCAGAGCAGGUCGUUCGCCGCGCUGCCGGGGCACGUCGAGCCGCCGCCGGCGAGGCCCGACCGCGUUCUCCUCCUCCUCAACACGCAGAGCAAGAUCGACAACCACACCAAGUGGGCCAUCAACGGCGUCUCCCUCAGCUUCCCGGCGACGCCGUACCUCGUCGCCAUGAAGCACGGCCUCCGCGGCGAGUUCGACCAGCGGCCGCCGCCGGACAGCUACGACCACGGGAGCCUCAACCUCUCCUCCCCGCCGGCGAGCCUCGCCGUGCGCCACGCCGCGUACCGCCUCGCCCUGGGCUCGGUGGUCGACGUGGUGCUGCAGAACACGGCGAUCCCGCCGCCGAACGGGCGGAGCGAGACGCACCCGUGGCACCUCCACGGGCACGACUUCUGGGUGCUCGGCUACGGCGAGGGCAAGUUCGUGCCGGAGGUGGACGGGCCGGGUCUGAACGCGGCGAGCGCGAGGGGCGGCGCCGUGAUGAAGAACACGGUGGCGCUGCACCCGAUGGGGUGGACGGCGGUGAGGUUCAGGGCGAGCAACCCGGGCGUGUGGCUGUUCCACUGCCACCUGGAGGCCCACGUGUACAUGGGCAUGGGCGUGGUGUUCGAGGAGGGCGUCGACGUGCUGCCGCGGCUGCCGGCGUCCAUCAUGGGGUGCGGCCGCACCAAGGGCCAUCACUACUAAAAACUUGUGUUAUCCAAAAAAAAAAAACUACUAAAAACUUGUUGUUCUUAUACUUCAUGGUGACGAACGUCCAACAGCUUAGUCAUCAUGUGUCAAAACAUUACUAUAAGGGUUGGGAUUUGGGAAGUUUGUUUUCAUUAAUUUUGUAAACAUAGUGACCACAUUGGUCAAUUGUUUUAAUAUUGAAUAAGAGCAUCUUCAGUGUGAACAUUAAAUCAAUUUUAAUGUA